AUGACUUCUCAAAUAUCGUUCUUCUACGUGUGUUUUGUUCUUGUUACGCCUAUUGUAUUUUCAUUUUCAACAUCCAAUACAAAUAACAACGAAAUUGAACUACCACCAUCAUCACAUGCUCGACCAUCAUCAUCUAUUCAUGAUGAAAAUGAAUCAUUAAUUUCAUCUCUUAAUAAUGCAUUACAAUAUCCUGCGUCCGGUGAUCAAGAAGAUUAUGGUAACAUGGUUUAUUAUCCACAUACAAAAAAACUUCAUUAUACACAACCCAUCUUACAUCUUCAAAAGAAAGCAGCCGAUUUUGAACGUAUCAUUAAACCAUGUAAUCAAAUGCCAUUAACCAAUCGUGUUAGCGAAUAUCAAGAUUGUGUUCGAUCACGGAUGAUGUUACUUGGUAAACGAAAACGUCGAAAUUUAUCACAAUGA